AUGCAUCUCCAUGGCCUGUCUUUUCUUUUGUUUUUCCAUAGCGUGGUUGCAGAGUCCAUUCAAAAUGAUUUAAUGUCCUUCAAAACCUUGCCCGACGUCUGGGCGUUGAAAUACAAUGUGCACAUUCACGACCGUGCCCGAAUCACCCCGGGUUACUGGUUCGUCGCGCCAUACCUGCAAAUCGAUCCCGAAACUCCGACCAACCUGUUCGAUCCCUAUCAGGUCGGGCCCUACAUUUACGAUGGCGACGGGAUGCUGAUUUGGGCGGGGUCGCGCAUGUUCGAGAACAGAAACGUUUUCGAUUUCAAGGUGGUCAACAGUCUAGGCGAGACGCCCUUCCUCUCGUUGGUCAGCCAGCAUAGCUUCGAUGCGCGUGUGGAUGAUGAUAACGGUCACGGAGUCAUUCUGAACAACGAGUACGACAUUCACGCCUCGAUCCCCAUGCGCCACGACCUAGGCGCCUUCGACAUCCACGAGUUCAACAUCCUCGAUGAUGGCAAAACGGCCUUGGCGACCUUUUAUAAGCAGCACGAUAUCGAUCUGGCGGAGUUCAACCGCCCGGAAGAGAUUGCCUCCAUCCUAUCCGGAGGAUACGCCCAGAUCAACCUGGCCAGCCAAGAGGUGGAAUACUCAUGGGACUGCUGGCCGCAGAUCCCGCUGAUUGAAUCGACCCAUAUUAAUCCCAUGACCGCUCCCGAACGAAAACCAGGCUGGGAUUACGUGCACAUCAACUCGGUCGACAAGAACGAUGCCGGCGACUACAUCAUCUCCCUGCGGUUCACCAACUCCAUCUACUUGAUUUCCGGACAGGACGGGAGCAUCAUGUGGCGCAUGGGUGGGGCAGGCCAUGCGACAGAUUUCGAGCAGGACUUCACCUUCUCCAAACAGCACGAUAUCAAGUUCCUCGAGUCGAACGGGACCCGCCAUGUCGUUUCGUUCCUGAACAACGGCUCCGACGAAGAGAGCAACGACGAGGACGUCUCGUGCGCCUUCAUCAUCGAGAUCGAAACCGGCACGGAGCCCAUGACCGCCCGCGUCCUGCGCCGAUACAACCGACCCGACAACGAUUUGACCCGCCUGCGCGGCAACGCCCAGGUCCUGCCCAAUAACCACAUGUUCGUCGGCUGGAGCCAAAAGGGCUACAUCUCCGAACACUCGGUCGAAGGUGACGUCCUGAUGACCGCCGAGUUCGAAUCCGACCGCUUCUCAACCUACCGCGCCUACAAGUUCCCCUUCGUCGGGCGGCCAAGCGCCCCGCCAGACCUAGUCGCCAAUGUCUGGGGCACCGAUGAGUCCCACAUGCUAACGACCGUGUACGUCAGCUGGAACGGUGCAACGGACGUCGCGAGCUGGAACUUCUACGCCCGAGCCCAGGAAAGCGGCACGCCCGUCUUCGUCGGAAGCACGAACAAGACCGACUUCGAGAGCAUGCACAUCCUCUCGGGCUACCUGGAUUUCAUUACCGCCGACGCGCUCGACGCCCAGGGCAACGUGCUGCGCACAUCCGAGAUCCAGCGCACUGCAACCCCGAACUGGGACCCUGCCUGGUACAGGGGCGAGACAGAUCCCCAUCCAGACGAUCCCUCGAUCACCUACGCCGACGGCGAACCGCAGACGCCCUCCCUGCGCGGCUAUGACGAGGCGUCAUUUGAGGACGCACAGGCGUCGGCCUCGAAGGCGCUGGAGAUCGCGACAGAGACGUACAACGUCGUUGCAACAAUCGGCAGCCUGGUCGCUUUCAUUGUCGUUGCGUGCGUGUUGUGCGCUGUCGUCGUAGGGUAUGGAAUACUGCGCGACCGGCGGAGAAACAAGACAUAUACAGAGGUUCCAUCGGACGAGCAGGCGUCGUUCAUGAAAUAA